AUUUUCUCAGAGGCAGGUUGUUCGGUAGUUUCUACCGGACUUCCAGAAGAUGGGCACAGGUAGUGGGACGCGAAUACCACUAUGGAUAUCAAUACUAGCACUUGCCUUUACACAGACCAAAGUUCAAGUCCAGGGCGAAGAACAACAAUCACAAUCAAACUAUGAUUCUCUAUCCUUCCUGCAGAGAAAAAACAGUCUUUCACUGGGUACUAAAUCCCAUGGAUUGACAAUCAUUCCACCUCUUCAAAACACACUGAACGUAAAGGCUGGCAACCCCUCUCACAAUGGCCGUGUGUGCAGCACAUGGGGUAACUUCCACUUCAAGAACUUCGACGGGGACAUCUUUUAUUUCCCUGGGGUCUGCAAUUACAUCUUUGCAUCCAACUGCAAAUCUUCCUAUGAGGAUUUCAACAUCCAGAUUAGGCGUACAAUGGUGGAAAAUGCUACCAUGAUCACCCACGUCAUCAUGAAGCUGGAAGGAGCAGUGGUUGAACUGACCCGCACAUCCGUCCUGGUCAAUGGCCAACAGGUUCAGAUGCCCUACAACCAUAUGGGAGUCUUGGUAGAGAGAAGCAACAGCUAUCUGAAAGUUUCUGCCAAGUUAGGACUGACCUUCCUUUGGAAUGAAGAGGAUGCCCUCCUGGUGGAACUGGAUAAGAAAUAUGCCAAUCAAACUUGUGGACUGUGUGGGGACUUCAAUGGAAUUCCAACCAAUAAUGAGUUUAUUUCACAGAAUACAAAACUGACUGCUGUUCAGUUUGGGAAUAGGCAGAAGAUAGAUGGACCCACAGAGCAGUGCGAUGACCCUAUUCCUCCUGCUGUUCUGAAGAACUGCUCAAGUGAAUUUGCUUCUAUCUGUAAGACAGUAUUAACCAGUGAAGCAUUCACAAGCUGUAAUGUACUUGUGGAUGUUCAGGACUACAUUGAAACUUGCAUACAAGACUUAUGCCACUGUGAUACCUCUAUGGCUGACUUUUGCAUGUGCAACACCUUUGCUGAAUACUCACGGCAGUGUGCUCAUGCUGGUGGACAGCCUCUGAACUGGAGAACCUCAGAAUUGUGCCCCAAAUCAUGUCCCUUCAACAUGCAACAUCAGGAAUGUGGCUCCCCCUGCUCUGAUACCUGCAGCAACCCUGAAAGAUCUGCACUUUGUGAAGAUCAUUGUACAGAUGGUUGCGUCUGUCCUCCAGGAAUGGUAUUUGAUGACAUUAAUGGUGCUGGCUGUAUUCCCCGUAAGGAAUGUCACUGCACCUAUGAAGGUGAAACUUAUGCUCCUGGUACCUCCUUCUCAUCUAAAUGCAGAUCAUGUACCUGUGCUGAAGGUGAAUGGGCUUGCGUUACCCAGUCGUGUCCUGGAACAUGCAGUAUUGAAGGAGGUUCCCACAUCUCAACAUUUGAUGAAAAAUAUUAUUCCUUCUUUGGAGACUGUAGCUAUGUCCUAACCAAGCUCUGUGACAGCAAUGAUUUCACUGUCCUGGGAGACAUCCACAAAUGUGGCCUGACUGACACUGAGACAUGCCUCAAGGGUGUAACCAUCAGCCUAAGUGGAGGACAAACUAACAUUGUGAUCCAACCUUCUGGCAGCGUAUUUGUGAAUAUGAUCUACACACAGCUGCCCUUCUCUGCAGCAAAUGUCACCAUCUUCAGACCAUCAUCGUUCUUCAUUAUUUUACAAACAACUUUUGGUCUUCAGCUACAGAUCCAGCUUACGCCUAUCAUGCAACUUUUUAUAAACUUAGACCCAUCACAUAAAGGGCAGACCUGUGGUCUCUGUGGAAAUUUCAAUGACGUCCAGACUGAUGACUUCAAAACCACCAGCGGUGUAAUAGAGGGUACUUCAGCUGCCUUUGGCAAUACUUGGAAAACUCAGGCUGAUUGUCCUGAUGCCAAAAUCACAUUUGAGAACCCCUGUACCCUCAGCAUAGAAAAUGACAAGUAUGCUCAGCACUGGUGUGGACUGCUCUCUGAUACCAUGGGACCUUUUGCCGAAUGUCACUCAACAGUGAAUCCAGAAGUUUACCAGAAGAACUGCAUGUUUGACACAUGUAACUGUGAGAACACUGAGGACUGCAUGUGUGCUGCCCUCUCCAGCUAUGUCAGAGCCUGUGCUGUGAAAGGAGUUCUCCUCAAUGGAUGGAGGAACAAAGUCUGCACGAAAUACACCAACACAUGUCCGAAAUCCUUGAAGUAUACUUACAAUGUUGAUUCCUGUCAACCCACUUGUCGCUCUCUGAGUGAGCCUGAUGUCACAUGCAACAUCAAGUUUGUCCCAGUUGAUGGCUGCACCUGCAUAAAUGGAACCUACAUGGAUGAAAGUGGCAAAUGUGUGCCUGCUUCUAGCUGUCCUUGUUACUACAAAGGAAUGCCUCUGUCUCCUGGGGAAGUCAUUCAUGACAAUGGCGUUGUCUGCACUUGCACCUAUGGAAAGCUGAGCUGCAUUGGAGAAAAACCACAACCAGUCUGUGCAUCUCCCAUGGUCUAUGUUGACUGUGGCAAUGCCACUGCAGGUGUGGCAGGAGCAGAGUGCCAGAAGAGCUGUCAGACUCUAGACAUGGAGUGUUACAAAACCCACUGUGUCUCUGGCUGCAUAUGUCCUCAUAAUUACGUAUUAGAUGGUAAAGGUGGUUGUAUAGCUCCUGAAGAGUGUCCAUGUGUUCACAACGGGGAUUCCUACAGUCCAGGAGAAUCAAUCAGAGUUGGCUGUAACAACUGCACAUGUAGAAACAGAAAGUGGCACUGCUCUGAGGAACCUUGCCUGGAAACCUGUUCAGUUUACGGAGAUGGGCAUUACACCACCUUUGAUGGCAAACGCUUUGAUUUUGAAGGAGACUGUGAAUAUGUUCUGAUCCAGAACUACUGUGGCAAAAAAGGUUUGGAUCAGGGAACCUUCAGAGUCAUCACUGAGAACAUUCCAUGUGGCACUACAGGAACCACCUGCUCUAAGUCUAUUAAAGUUUUCCUUGGGAACUAUGAAUUGGUACUCAGCGAUGGACGUUCUGAUGUCAUCCAGAGAACACCUGGAGGAGAAAUGCCAUUCCAAAUCCGUUCCAUGGGCAUCUACCUGGUUGUUGACACUACUGUUGGCUUGAUACUCAUGUGGGACAAGAAAACCAGCAUAUUCAUCAAACUUAGCCCCAGCUUUCAGGGACAUGUCUGUGGCCUUUGUGGAAACUAUGAUGGCAAUGGAAACAAUGACUUCACUACCCGCAGCCAGUCUGUGGUAGGAAAUGUGCUGGAGUUUGCUAAUAGCUGGAAAGUGUCUUCUACUUGCCCAAAUGCCAAUCAAACCAAGGAUCCAUGUACUGCAAACCCAUACAGGAAAUCCUGGGCACAGAAACAAUGCAGCAUCAUUACCAGUGAAGUAUUUGCAAAGUGUCACUCCCAGGUUGAACCAAAUGAAUAUUAUCAAGCAUGUGUGGAUGAUGCAUGUGCUUGCGACACAGGAGGAGACUGUGAAUGUUUCUGUACAGCAGUAGCUGCCUAUGCUCAAGCAUGCAAUGAGCUGGACAUCUGCAUUUCAUGGAGAACCCCAUCCAUUUGUCCUCUAUUCUGUGAUUACUAUAAUCCACAAGGGGAAUGUGAGUGGCACUACAAGCCAUGUGGAGCCCCUUGUAUGAAGACAUGCAAUAAUCCAAGUGGGAAGUGCCUUCAUGAGUUGAGAGGCUUGGAAGGCUGUUAUCCACACUGUCCAAAGAAUAAGCCCUAUUUUGAUGAAGAAACCAUGACUUGUGUUUCUAAUUGUGGUUGCUAUGAAAAUGGAAAACAUUACAAGCCAGGAACGCAGAUGCCUUCAAAGCAGAAUUGUCAAUCAUGUGAAUGCACAAACCAUGGCAAAAAAUGCAAAUAUGAUGAACAUGAAUGUGUCUGCACUUAUGAAGGACAGACAUAUAACUAUAAUGACGUGAUCUACAAUACUACAGAUGGCAUAGGAGGGUGUAUUGUUGCAAUCUGUGGUCCCAAUGGAACACUGCAAAGGGUUGUGUAUCACUGUCCAGUCUCAGCAUCACCCACACCAUUUCAGUUCAGCACUACGCCACCUGCCACUACUUCCACAGUUACAUCAUCACCAACAACAUCAGUAUGCGUUCAUGAAGUCUGUCAGUGGUCAGAAUGGUAUGAUGGAAAUCUACUCAUACCUGGGUAUGAUGGUGGAGAUUUUGAAACGUUUGAUGAUUUGAGAGCUAAAGGUUAUGAAGUCUGUAGAGCUCCAAAGGCUGUUCAGUGCAGAGCAGAGAAAUUUCCUAACAUACCACUGAAAGACCUUGGCCAAACAGUAGAAUGCAGUACAACGUCUGGACUUAUAUGUUACAACAAAGAUCAAAUUUCAACAAUGUGCUACAAUUACGAAAUCAGAAUCUUAUGUUGUGUUUUUGUACCAUGCUCUUCCACACCUUUCAUCACAACACCUUAUGAGACUUCAACACCGAUCACACACAUCCCAGUUCCAGAAAUGACAACCACAACAGCAAGUACCAGUGUCACAACUUCAGCUACAAGCACAGAAAAAACAAGUCCAAUUAUCGAAACAAGUACUCCUUCAGAAACACCUCUGGAAACAAGUACUUCCACUACGCCUAUAACCAGUACGAUGCCUUGCCAACCAAAGUGCAAAUGGUCCCAGUGGUAUGAUGUCCAUUUCCCAACUUUGCAGAACAAAGGAGAUUAUGAAACUUACCAUGACAUUAGAUCAGCUGGAAAAGCAAUCUGCAGACAUCCUGAAAAAAUACAGUGCAGAGCAGAAAAAUACCCACAUAAAUCCAUUGAAGAAAUUGGUCAGGUUGUUCACUGCAAUGUAUCAUUUGGACUUAUCUGCAGAAAUGAGGAUCAAAAAGGAGAACUGCAUAUGUGUCUUAAUUAUCAGAUAAAAGUACUCUGUUGUGAUGACUACAGCCACUGCUUAACACCUACUGUACCAAGGGAAACGUCUGCCAGUACACCAUCAACAGUUCCUACAACUUCUGAAACGUCAACAUUCACACCUUCAGUUACUAAAGAAAUAACAACAACCACAACCAAAACGAUGAAACCAGUCACAACAAUUCCUUCAACCACUCCUGGUUGCAUAAAAGAGGAAUGUGACUGGUCAAUAUGGUAUGACGUUAGUUAUCCAGAAUCUGGAUAUAAUGAUGGAGAUUUUGAUACAAUUGAGAACAUAAUAAAACAUGGAUAUAAAGUCUGUGCUAACAGAAAGGCUGUAGAAUGCAGAGCAGUAAGGUUCCCUGACACACCGUACCAACUCCUGGAGCAACGCAUUACAUGCAAUGCUGAAGAAGGAUUAAUAUGCUACAAUAAAGACCAGCUACCACCAAUUUGCUAUAAUUAUGAAAUAAGAUUUAAAUGCUGUAGAAACAUAACAGUGCCAUGCGAAACAACUCAAACGACCACACAAGAGUCAACAACAAUGACAUACUCAACAACUCAAAGUACACAAUACACAAAAAUAUCAACAACAGAACAAACACCAGAAUUUCACACCAAACAUAAAACUACAACUGCAUCAACAAUACCACCAAAAACAGAACAUAUUCAUAGUGAAACUACAUCGACACCAACGACACAAACACAAACAGAAUCAAAGACAACGUAUACUACAUUACCAACACCAGUCACAACCUCAACCUCGACAGUGCCCAUAUCCUCAGAGUCAACACCACUAAGCUCCACCAGCACCACCACCUUCACGCCGACCCCUACUAUCAUCCCCUCAACCAGAACGACUUACAGCACUGAAUCCACUACCAUCUGUCAACCUGAAUUCUGCUCCUGGUCAGAAUGGUUCGAUGUUGACUUCCCUGCCUCGGGACCUAACCAGGGAGACUUUGAAACCUACCAGCACAUCCGGGCCGCUGGGAAGGAAGUCUGUCAACACCCCAAACAAAUCCAGUGCCAGGCGGAGGACUACCCCGAGAUUUCCAUCGAAAACGUCGGCCAGGUUGUACAGUGCGACGUCCACUUUGGACUGGUGUGCAAGAACGAAGACCAGCCCGGCAGAUUCAAGAUGUGCUUCAACUACAAGAUCCGCGUCCUCUGCUGCACCCCGAACUACAACUGCCCAGUCACCACCACACCUACCACCAGCCCCACCAGCACCACCAUCCCAAGCACCGUCACAUCACCCACCACGGUCACCACCUCCACCUCUACUAGCUACUCCUCCACCACAGCGCCAACCUCAUCACAGUCAACACCACUAAGCUCCACCAGCACCACCACCUUCAAGACGACCCCUACUGUCAUCCCCUCAACCAGCACGACUUACAGCACUGAAUCCACUACCAUCUGUCAACCUGAAUUCUGCUCCUGGUCAGAAUGGUUCGAUGUUGACUUCCCUGCCUCGGGACCUAACCAGGGAGACUUUGAAACCUACCAGCACAUCCGGGCCGCUGGGAAGGAAGUCUGUCAACACCCCAAACAAAUCCAGUGCCAGGCGGAGGACUACCCCGAGAUUUCCAUCGAAAACGUCGGCCAGGUUGUACAGUGCGACGUCCACUUUGGACUGGUGUGCAAGAACGAAGACCAGCCCGGCAGAUUCAAGAUGUGCCUCAACUACAAGAUCCGCGUCCUCUGCUGCACCCCGAACUACAACUGCCCAGUCACCACCACACCUACCACCAGCCCCACCAGCACCACCAUCCCAAGCACCGUCACAUCACCCACCACGGUCACCACCUCCACCUCUACUAGCUACUCCUCCACCACAGCGCCAACCUCAUCACAGUCAACACCACUAAGCUCCACCAGCACCACCACCUUCACGCCGACCCCUACUGUCAUCCCCUCAACCAGCACGACUUACAGCACUGAAUCCACUACCAUCUGUCAACCUGAAUUCUGCUCCUGGUCAGAAUGGUUCGAUGUUGACUUCCCUGCCUCGGGACCUAACCAGGGAGACUUUGAAACCUACCAGCACAUCCGGGCCGCUGGGAAGGAAGUCUGUCAACACCCCAAACAAAUCCAGUGCCAGGCGGAGGACUACCCCGAGAUUUCCAUCGAAAACGUCGGCCAGGUUGUACAGUGCGACGUCCACUUUGGACUGGUGUGCAAGAACGAAGACCAGCCCGGCACAUUCAAGAUGUGCCUCAACUACAAGAUCCGCGUCCUCUGCUGCACCCCGAACUACAACUGCCCAGUCACCACCACACCUACCACCAGCCCCACCAGCACCACCAUCCCAAGCACCGUCACAUCACCCACCACGGUCACCACCUCCACCUCUACUAGCUACUCCUCCACCACAGCGCCAACCUCAUCACAGUCAACACCACUAAGCUCCACCAGCACCACCACCUUCACGACGACCCCUACUGUCAUCCCCUCAACCAGCACGACUUACAGCACUGAAUCCACUACCAUCUGUCAACCUGAAUUCUGCUCCUGGUCAGAAUGGUUCGAUGUUGACUUCCCUGCCUCGGGACCUAACCAGGGAGACUUUGAAACCUACCAGCACAUCCGGGCCGCUGGGAAGGAAGUCUGUCAACACCCCAAACAAAUCCAGUGCCAGGCGGAGGACUACCCCGAGAUUUCCAUCGAAAACGUCGGCCAGGUUGUACAGUGCGACGUCCACUUUGGACUGGUGUGCAAGAACGAAGACCAGCCCGGCAGAUUCAAGAUGUGCCUCAACUACAAGAUCCGCGUCCUCUGCUGCACCCCGAACUACAACUGCCCAGUCACCACCACACCUACCACCAGCCCCACCAGCACCACCAUCCCAAGCACCGUCACAUCACCCACCACGGUCACCACCUCCACCUCUACUAGCUACUCCUCCACCACAGCGCCAACCUCAUCACAGUCAACACCACUAAGCUCCACCAGCACCACCACCUUCACGCCGACCCCUACUGUCAUCCCCUCAACCAGCACGACUUACAGCACUGAAUCCACUACCAUCUGUCAACCUGAAUUCUGCUCCUGGUCAGAAUGGUUCGAUGUUGACUUCCCUGCCUCGGGACCUAACCAGGGAGACUUUGAAACCUACCAGCACAUCCGGGCCGCUGGGAAGGAAGUCUGUCAACACCCCAAACAAAUCCAGUGCCAGGCGGAGGACUACCCCGAGAUUUCCAUCGAAAACGUCGGCCAGGUUGUACAGUGCGACGUCCACUUUGGACUGGUGUGCAAGAACGAAGACCAGCCCGGCAGAUUCAAGAUGUGCCUCAACUACAAGAUCCGCGUCCUCUGCUGCACCCCGAACUACAACUGCCCAGUCACCACCACACCUACCACCAGCCCCACCAGCACCACCAUCCCAAGCACCGUCACAUCACCCACCACGGUCACCACCUCCACCUCUACUAGCUACUCCUCCACCACAGCGCCAACCUCAUCACAGUCAACACCACUAAGCUCCACCAGCACCACCACCUUCACGACGACCCCUACUGUCAUCCCCUCAACCAGCACGACUUACAGCACUGAAUCCACUACCAUCUGUCAACCUGAAUUCUGCUCCUGGUCAGAAUGGUUCGAUGUUGACUUCCCUGCCUCGGGACCUAACCAGGGAGACUUUGAAACCUACCAGCACAUCCGGGCCGCUGGGAAGGAAGUCUGUCAACACCCCAAACAAAUCCAGUGCCAGGCGGAGGACUACCCCGAGAUUUCCAUCGAAAACGUCGGCCAGGUUGUACAGUGCGACGUCCACUUUGGACUGGUGUGCAAGAACGAAGACCAGCCCGGCAGAUUCAAGAUGUGCCUCAACUACAAGAUCCGCGUCCUCUGCUGCACCCCGAACUACAACUGCCCAGUCACCACCACACCUACCACCAGCCCCACCAGCACCACCAUCCCAAGCACCGUCACAUCACCCACCACGGUCACCACCUCCACCUCUACUAGCUACUCCUCCACCACAGCGCCAACCUCAUCACAGUCAACACCACUAAGCUCCACCAGCACCACCACCUUCACGACGACCCCUACUGUCAUCCCCUCAACCAGCACGACUUACAGCACUGAAUCCACUACCAUCUGUCAACCUGAAUUCUGCUCCUGGUCAGAAUGGUUCGAUGUUGACUUCCCUGCCUCGGGACCUAACCAGGGAGACUUUGAAACCUACCAGCACAUCCGGGCCGCUGGGAAGGAAGUCUGUCAACACCCCAAACAAAUCCAGUGCCAGGCGGAGGACUACCCCGAGAUUUCCAUCGAAAACGUCGGCCAGGUUGUACAGUGCGACGUCCACUUUGGACUGGUGUGCAAGAACGAAGACCAGCCCGGCAGAUUCAAGAUGUGCCUCAACUACAAGAUCCGCGUCCUCUGCUGCACCCCGAACUACAACUGCCCAGUCACCACCACACCUACCACCAGCCCCACCAGCACCACCAUCCCAAGCACCGUCACAUCACCCACCACGGUCACCACCUCCACCUCUACUAGCUACUCCUCCACCACAGCGCCAACCUCAUCACAGUCAACACCACUAAGCUCCACCAGCACCACCACCUUCACGACGACCCCUACUGUCAUCCCCUCAACCAGCACGACUUACAGCACUGAAUCCACUACCAUCUGUCAACCUGAAUUCUGCUCCUGGUCAGAAUGGUUCGAUGUUGACUUCCCUGCCUCGGGACCUAACCAGGGAGACUUUGAAACCUACCAGCACAUCCGGGCCGCUGGGAAGGAAGUCUGUCAACACCCCAAACAAAUCCAGUGCCAGGCGGAGGACUACCCCGAGAUUUCCAUCGAAAACGUCGGCCAGGUUGUACAGUGCGACGUCCACUUUGGACUGGUGUGCAAGAACGAAGACCAGCCCGGCAGAUUCAAGAUGUGCCUCAACUACAAGAUCCGCGUCCUCUGCUGCACCCCGAACUACAACUGCCCAGUCACCACCACACCUACCACCAGCCCCACCAGCACCACCAUCCCAAGCACCGUCACAUCACCCACCACGGUCACCACCUCCACCUCUACUAGCUACUCCUCCACCACAGCGCCAACCUCAUCACAGUCAACACCACUAAGCUCCACCAGCACCACCACCUUCACGACGACCCCUACUGUCAUCCCCUCAACCAGCACGACUUACAGCACUGAAUCCACUCCAUCUGUCAACCUGAAUUCUGCUCCUGGUCAGAAUGGUUCGAUGUUGACUUCCCUGCCUCGGGACCUAACCAGGGAGACUUUGAAACCUACCAGCACAUCCGGGCCGCUGGGAAGGAAGUCUGUCAACACCCCAAACAAAUCCAGUGCCAGGCGGAGGACUACCCCGAGAUUUCCAUCGAAAACGUCGGCCAGGUUGUACAGUGCGACGUCCACUUUGGACUGGUGUGCAAGAACGAAGACCAGCCCGGCAGAUUCAAGAUGUGCUUCAACUACAAGAUCCGCGUCCUCUGCUGCACCCCGAACUACAACUGCCCACACCACCACACCUACCACCAGCCCCACCAGCACCACCAUCCCAAGCACCGUCACAUCACCCACCACGGUCACCACCUCCACCUCUACUAGCUACUCCUCCACCACAGCGCCAACCUCAUCACAGUCAACACCACUAAGCUCCACCAGCACCACCACCUUCACGACGACCCCUACUGUCAUCCCCUCAACCAGCACGACUUACAGCACUGAAUCCACUACCAUCUGUCAACCUGAAUUCUGCUCCUGGUCAGAAUGGUUCGAUGUUGACUUCCCUGCCUCGGGACCUAACCAGGGAGACUUUGAAACCUACCAGCACAUCCGGGCCGCUGGGAAGGAAGUCUGUCAACACCCCAAACAAAUCCAGUGCCAGGCGGAGGACUACCCCGAGAUUUCCAUCGAAAACGUCGGCCAGGUUGUACAGUGCGACGUCCACUUUGGACUGGUGUGCAAGAACGAAGACCAGCCCGGCAGAUUCAAGAUGUGCCUCAACUACAAGAUCCGCGUCCUCUGCUGCACCCCGAACUACAACUGCCCAGUCACCACCACACCUACCACCAGCCCCACCAGCACCACCAUCCCAAGCACCGUCACAUCACCCACCACGGUCACCACCUCCACCUCUACUAGCUACUCCUCCACCACAGCGCCAACCUCAUCACAGUCAACACCACUAAGCUCCACCAGCACCACCACCUUCACGCCGACCCCUACUGUCAUCCCCUCAACCAGCACGACUUACAGCACUGAAUCCACUACCAUCUGUCAACCUGAAUUCUGCUCCUGGUCAGAAUGGUUCGAUGUUGACUUCCCUGCCUCGGGACCUAACCAGGGAGACUUUGAAACCUACCAGCACAUCCGGGCCGCUGGGAAGGAAGUCUGUCAACACCCCAAACAAAUCCAGUGCCAGGCGGAGGACUACCCCGAGAUUUCCAUCGAAAACGUCGGCCAGGUUGUACAGUGCGACGUCCACUUUGGACUGGUGUGCAAGAACGAAGACCAGCCCGGCAGAUUCAAGAUGUGCCUCAACUACAAGAUCCGCGUCCUCUGCUGCACCCCGAACUACAACUGCCCAGUCACCACCACACCUACCACCAGCCCCACCAGCACCACCAUCCCAAGCACCGUCACAUCACCCACCACGGUCACCACCUCCACCUCUACUAGCUACUCCUCCACCACAGCGCCAACCUCAUCACAGUCAACACCACUAAGCUCCACCAGCACCACCACCUUCACGACGACCCCUACUGUCAUCCCCUCAACCAGCACGACUUACAGCACUGAAUCCACUACCAUCUGUCAACCUGAAUUCUGCUCCUGGUCAGAAUGGUUCGAUGUUGACUUCCCUGCCUCGGGACCUAACCAGGGAGACUUUGAAACCUACCAGCACAUCCGGGCCGCUGGGAAGGAAGUCUGUCAACACCCCAAACAAAUCCAGUGCCAGGCGGAGGACUACCCCGAGAUUUCCAUCGAAAACGUCGGCCAGGUUGUACAGUGCGACGUCCACUUUGGACUGGUGUGCAAGAACGAAGACCAGCCCGGCAGAUUCAAGAUGUGCUUCAACUACAAGAUCCGCGUCCUCUGCUGCACCCCGAACUACAACUGCCCAGUCACCACCACACCUACCACCAGCCCCACCAGCACCACCAUCCCAAGCACCGUCACAUCACCCACCACGGUCACCACCUCCACCUCUACUAGCUACUCCUCCACCACAGCGCCAACCUCAUCACAGUCAACACCACUAAGCUCCACCAGCACCACCACCUUCACGCCGACCCCUACUGUCAUCCCCUCAACCAGCACGACUUACAGCACUGAAUCCACUACCAUCUGUCAACCUGAAUUCUGCUCCUGGUCAGAAUGGUUCGAUGUUGACUUCCCUGCCUCGGGACCUAACCAGGGAGACUUUGAAACCUACCAGCACAUCCGGGCCGCUGGGAAGGAAGUCUGUCAACACCCCAAACAAAUCCAGUGCCAGGCGGAGGACUACCCCGAGAUUUCCAUCGAAAACGUCGGCCAGGUUGUACAGUGCGACGUCCACUUUGGACUGGUGUGCAAGAACGAAGACCAGCCCGGCAGAUUCAAGAUGUGCCUCAACUACAAGAUCCGCGUCCUCUGCUGCACCCCGAACUACAACUGCCCAGUCACCACCACACCUACCACCAGCCCCACCAGCACCACCAUCCCAAGCACCGUCACAUCACCCACCACGGUCACCACCUCCACCUCUACUAGCUACUCCUCCACCACAGCGCCAACCUCAUCACAGUCAACACCACUAAGCUCCACCAGCACCACCACCUUCACGCCGACCCCUACUGUCAUCCCCUCAACCAGCACGACUUACAGCACUGAAUCCACUACCAUCUGUCAACCUGAAUUCUGCUCCUGGUCAGAAUGGUUCGAUGUUGACUUCCCUGCCUCGGGACCUAACCAGGGAGACUUUGAAACCUACCAGCACAUCCGGGCCGCUGGGAAGGAAGUCUGUCAACACCCCAAACAAAUCCAGUGCCAGGCGGAGGACUACCCCGAGAUUUCCAUCGAAAACGUCGGCCAGGUUGUACAGUGCGACGUCCACUUUGGACUGGUGUGCAAGAACGAAGACCAGCCCGGCAGAUUCAAGAUGUGCCUCAACUACAAGAUCCGCGUCCUCUGCUGCACCCCGAACUACAACUGCCCAGUCACCACCACACCUACCACCAGCCCCACCAGCACCACCAUCCCAAGCACCGUCACAUCACCCACCACGGUCACCACCUCCACCUCUACUAGCUACUCCUCCACCACAGCGCCAACCUCAUCACAGUCAACACCACUAAGCUCCACCAGCACCACCACCUUCACGCCGACCCCUACUGUCAUCCCCUCAACCAGCACGACUUACAGCACUGAAUCCACUACCAUCUGUCAACCUGAAUUCUGCUCCUGGUCAGAAUGGUUCGAUGUUGACUUCCCUGCCUCGGGACCUAACCAGGGAGACUUUGAAACCUACCAGCACAUCCGGGCCGCUGGGAAGGAAGUCUGUCAACACCCCAAACAAAUCCAGUGCCAGGCGGAGGACUACCCCGAGAUUUCCAUCGAAAACGUCGGCCAGGUUGUACAGUGCGACGUCCACUUUGGACUGGUGUGCAAGAACGAAGACCAGCCCGGCAGAUUCAAGAUGUGCUUCAACUACAAGAUCCGCGUCCUCUGCUGCACCCCGAACUACAACUGCCCAGUCACCACCACACCUACCACCAGCCCCACCAGCACCACCAUCCCAAGCACCGUCACAUCACCCACCACGGUCACCACCUCCACCUCUACUAGCUACUCCUCCACCACAGCGCCAACCUCAUCACAGUCAACACCACUAAGCUCCACCAGCACCACCACCUUCACGACGACCCCUACUGUCAUCCCCUCAACCAGCACGACUUACAGCACUGAAUCCACUACCAUCUGUCAACCUGAAUUCUGCUCCUGGUCAGAAUGGUUCGAUGUUGACUUCCCUGCCUCGGGACCUAACCAGGGAGACUUUGAAACCUACCAGCACAUCCGGGCCGCUGGGAAGGAAGUCUGUCAACACCCCAAACAAAUCCAGUGCCAGGCGGAGGACUACCCCGAGAUUUCCAUCGAAAACGUCGGCCAGGUUGUACAGUGCGACGUCCACUUUGGACUGGUGUGCAAGAACGAAGACCAGCCCGGCAGAUUCAAGAUGUGCCUCAACUACAAGAUCCGCGUCCUCUGCUGCACCCCGAACUACAACUGCCCAGUCACCACCACACCUACCACCAGCCCCACCAGCACCACCAUCCCAAGCACCGUCACAUCACCCACCACGGUCACCACCUCCACCUCUACUAGCUACUCCUCCACCACAGCGCCAACCUCAUCACAGUCAACACCACUAAGCUCCACCAGCACCACCACCUUCACGCCGACCCCUACUGUCAUCCCCUCAACCAGCACGACUUACAGCACUGAAUCCACUACCAUCUGUCAACCUGAAUUCUGCUCCUGGUCAGAAUGGUUCGAUGUUGACUUCCCUGCCUCGGGACCUAACCAGGGAGACUUUGAAACCUACCAGCACAUCCGGGCCGCUGGGAAGGAAGUCUGUCAACACCCCAAACAAAUCCAGUGCCAGGCGGAGGACUACCCCGAGAUUUCCAUCGAAAACGUCGGCCAGGUUGUACAGUGCGACGUCCACUUUGGACUGGUGUGCAAGAACGAAGACCAGCCCGGCAGAUUCAAGAUGUGCCUCAACUACAAGAUCCGCGUCCUCUGCUGCACCCCGAACUACAACUGCCCAGUCACCACCACACCUACCACCAGCCCCACCAGCACCACCAUCCCAAGCACCGUCACAUCACCCACCACGGUCACCACCUCCACCUCUACUAGCUACUCCUCCACCACAGCGCCAACCUCAUCACAGUCAACACCACUAAGCUCCACCAGCACCACCACCUUCACGCCGACCCCUACUGUCAUCCCCUCAACCAGCACGACUUACAGCACUGAAUCCACUACCAGUCUGUCAACCUGAAUUCUGCUUGGUCAGAAUGGUUCGAUGUUGACUUCCCUGCCUCGGGACCUAACCAGGGAGACUUUCGAAACCUACCAGCACAUCCGGGCCGCUGGGAAGGAAGUCUGUCAACACCCCAAACAAAUCCAGUGCCAGGCGGAGGACUACCCCGAGAUUUCCAUCGAAAACGUCGGCCAGGUUGUACAGUGCGACGUCCACUUUGGACUGGUGUGCAAGAACGAAGACCAGCCAGGUAAAUUCAAGAUGUGCUUCAACUACAAGAUCCGCGUCCUCUGCUGCACCCCGAACUACAACUGCCCAGUCACCACCACACCUACCACCAGCCCCACCAGCACCACCAUCCCAAGCACCGUCACAUCACCCACCACGGUCACCACCUCCACCUCUACUAGCUACUCCUCCACCACAGCGCCAACCUCAUCACAGUCAACACCACUAAGCUCCACCAGCACCACCACCUUCACGCCGACCCCUACUGUCAUCCCCUCAACCAGCACGACUUACAGCACUGAAUCCACUACCAUCUGUCAACCUGAAUUCUGCUCCUGGUCAGAAUGGUUCGAUGUUGACUUCCCUGCCUCGGGACCUAACCAGGGAGACUUUGAAACCUACCAGCACAUCCGGGCCGCUGGGAAGGAAGUCUGUCAACACCCCAAACAAAUCCAGUGCCAGGCGGAGGACUACCCCGAGAUUUCCAUCGAAAACGUCGGCCAGGUUGUACAGUGCGACGUCCACUUUGGACUGGUGUGCAAGAACGAAGACCAGCCAGGUAAAUUCAAGAUGUGCUUCAACUACAAGAUCCGUGUCCUCUGCUGCACCCCGAACUACAACUGCCCAGUCACCACCACACCUACCACCAGCCCCACCAGCACCACCAUCCCAAGCACCGUCACAUCACCCACCACGGUCACCACCUCCACCUCUACUAGCUACUCCUCCACCACAGCGCCAACCUCAUCACAGUCAACACCACUAAGCUCCACCAGCACCACCACCUUCACGCCGACCCCUACUGUCAUCCCCUCAACCAGCACGACUUACAGCACUGAAUCCACUACCAUCUGUCAACCUGAAUUCUGCUCCUGGUCAGAAUGGUUCGAUGUUGACUUCCCUGCCUCGGGACCUAACCAGGGAGACUUUGAAACCUACCAGCACAUCCGGGCCGCUGGGAAGGAAGUCUGUCAACACCCCAAACAAAUCCAGUGCCAGGCGGAGGACUACCCCGAGAUUUCCAUCGAAAACGUCGGCCAGGUUGUACAGUGCGACGUCCACUUUGGACUGGUGUGCAAGAACGAAGACCAGCCAGGUAAAUUCAAGAUGUGCUUCAACUACAAGAUCCGUGUCCUCUGCUGCACCCCGAACUACAACUGCCCAGUCACCACCACACCUACCACCAGCCCCACCAGCACCACCAUCCCAAGCACCGUCACAUCACCCACCACGGUCACCACCUCCACCUCUACUAGCUACUCCUCCACCACAGCGCCAACCUCAUCACAGUCAACACCACUAAGCUCCACCAGCACCACCACCUUCACGCCGACCCCUACUGUCAUCCCCUCAACCAGCACGACUUACAGCACUGAAUCCACUACCAUCUGUCAACCUGAAUUCUGCUCCUGGUCAGAAUGGUUCGAUGUUGACUUCCCUGCCUCGGGACCUAACCAGGGAGACUUUGAAACCUACCAGCACAUCCGGGCCGCUGGGAAGGAAGUCUGUCAACACCCCAAACAAAUCCAGUGCCAGGCGGAGGACUACCCCGAGAUUUCCAUCGAAAACGUCGGCCAGGUUGUACAGUGCGACGUCCACUUUGGACUGGUGUGCAAGAACGAAGACCAGCCAGGUAAAUUCAAGAUGUGCUUCAACUACAAGAUCCGUGUCCUCUGCUGCACCCCGAACUACAACUGCCCAGUCACCACCACACCUACCACCAGCCCCACCAGCACCACCAUCCCAAGCACCGUCACAUCACCCACCACGGUCACCACCUCCACCUCUACUAGCUACUCCUCCACCACAGCGCCAACCUCAUCACAGUCAACACCACUAAGCUCCACCAGCACCACCACCUUCACGCCGACCCCUACUGUCAUCCCCUCAACCAGCACGACUUACAGCACUGAAUCCACUACCAUCUGUCAACCUGAAUUCUGCUCCUGGUCAGAAUGGUUCGAUGUUGACUUCCCUGCCUCGGGACCUAACCAGGGAGACUUUGAAACCUACCAGCACAUCCGGGCCGCUGGGAAGGAAGUCUGUCAACACCCCAAACAAAUCCAGUGCCAGGCGGAGGACUACCCCGAGAUUUCCAUCGAAAACGUCGGCCAGGUUGUACAGUGCGACGUCCACUUUGGACUGGUGUGCAAGAACGAAGACCAGCCAGGUAAAUUCAAGAUGUGCUUCAACUACAAGAUCCGCGUCCUCUGCUGCACCCGAACUACAACUGCCUACAGUCCACUACGUCAUCCCCCACCUGCUUCAACCAUCCGUACAACAUCAGAGACCACAAGUUACACUACUUCUUUUCCUACGUCUACACCAUGUUUCUGCAAAAUUGGAGAUGACAUUUAUUCACCUGGUGAUGUGAUUUACAACAGAAUGGACAGUGAUGGAUGUAGGUUUUAUGCCAUUUGCAGUCAAGCAUGUUCAGUUGAACGAUACACCGGACCUUGUAAUGUUACUACUCCUGUAACCACUACUUCCCCUCAGACACCUACUGUAACAACAUCAACUCCAUCUCCUCCUUCAGGUUGUGUUUCUAGUACUUACCCUCCACUACAGCCUGGCCAGAGACACAAAUUAUCCAACUGUACAGAAAUCAUCUGUGAGGGAGACAACAAAAUAAAAGUACUUCAACAAACCUGUAAACCAGUAAAGGAAAUUACCUGUGCAAACAAAUAUCCACCAAUACUGGUACCUGAUGAAAAUUACUGCUGUUACCACUAUGAGUGUCAAUGUGUGUGCAGUGGAUGGGGUGAUCCUCAUUACAUUACUUUUGAUGGAACCUAUUACACUUUCCUUGAAAACUGCACUUAUGUCCUGGUGAAACAGAUUGUACCUAAAUACGACAACUUCCGUGUUUACAUUGACAAUUAUUACUGCGAUUCAAAAGAUGGACUUUCCUGUCCUAAAUCGAUUAUUAUUUACUACAAAUCUGCAAAAGUGGUGCUGACCCGUGAACUCAUGAAUGGUGUGAUGACGAAUGUGAUGUAUUUCAACAAAAAGAUUGUCCAACCAGGCUUUAAAAAGGAUGGCAUUUAUUUCUCCACACUUGGCAUCAAUAUGAUUGUUGAAAUACCAGAAAUUGGUGCAACCAUCACCUUUAGUGGCCUGAUUUUCUCCGUGAAACUUCCAUACAGCAAAUUUGGCAACAAUACUGAAGGACAAUGUGGAACAUGUACAAAUAACAAAGCAGAUGAAUGCCGCUUGCCAAGUGGUAAGAUCAUUUCUUCCUGUCCCCAAAUGGCUCAUCACUGGCUUGUUGGUAACAACACAUCGUGCCAUGGAGUACCACCACCAUCACACGUAACCACACCUCCACCAAGGCCUCAGUGUAAAGUUCCUGAACUCUGCAAGAUUAUCCUGAGCAAAGUUUUUGCAGAAUGCCAUGAUGUGAUACCCCCAGAACCAUUUUUCAAAGGAUGCGUUUUUGAUGGGUGUCGCAUAACUGUAGAAUCCAUGCAGUGUUCCAGUCUGGAGAUGUAUGCUACGGAGUGUGCUUCUAGAGGUGUCUGCAUUGACUGGAGAGGAAAGACAAACAACACCUGCCCAUACAAUUGUCCAGCAAACAUGGAAUACAAGCCAUGUGGGUCCAUUAAUCCUGCUACCUGUGAGCAAAGCUCUGUGGACCAUCCUGGCUAUGGAGUAACUGAAGGAUGCUUCUGUCCUGAAGGAACAACACUCCUGAGUGAACACAGCAGCAUCUGUGUUUCUGAAUGUUCUUGUAGGGAACCAAAUGGAGUAUACAGAGAGCCAGGAGAAAAAUGGACAACAAAUUGCCAGGAAUGUGUCUGUGACAGACACACUCUCAGAGUGCAGUGUACAAAACAUGUAUGCUCUAUGCCUCAGCAAAAAACUUGUUAUGAACCAGGAUACGUUCCUGUUCAGGUACAGAUACCAGAAGAUCCAUGCUGUACCAGGACUGAGUGCUACUGUAAUACCAGCCUCUGCCCUGAGGCCACACACCAGUGCUUAGAGGGACAGGAAAUAAUCACAGUAACACAGCCUGGAAAAUGCUGUCCUACCUUUGAAUGCAGACAUGGCUGUGUAGUCAAUGAAACCUACUAUGCACCUGGAGCUGUGAUACCAUCAGGCCCCUGUGAAACCUGCACCUGCUCUGAAUCCUCUUACUCAAGCCUUCAGCAAGUUGCUGUCAAGUGCCAGCCUGUUAUCUGUGACACCUACUGCCCAAUGGGAUAUAAGUAUGCAGUGGAACCUGGAAAGUGCUGUGGCACAUGCAAGGCAGUGGCCUGUAUAGUGAUCACAGAAGACAACACUACACAUGUGCUUAAGAUUGGAGAAUACUGGCAUCAGCCUGGUAAUAACUGUACAGCCUACACAUGUGAAAAACACAACGGACAGUUCAUUACAGUCGUCGUAAAGAAAACCUGUCCCUACUUUAACCCUGAUGACUGUGAGCCAAAUACCAUCAAGCUAUCGGAUGAUGGAUGCUGUAGAGAGUGCUCAACAGCGAAAACAGGUUGUAAGAAGCACAACACCACUACUGUCAUCAAGCACCGUGGAUGUGUAUCUCCUGCACCUGUUGAGAUGACAUACUGUGAAGGCAGCUGUGAUGCUUACUCAAGAUAUUCUCAAGAGGCAAACAUGAUGGAACAUAAAUGCUCAUGUUGUCAGGAAGUCCAGACUAGCAUAAGAAAGGUGACUCUGAGAUGCAGUGAUGGAACCCACCUUGAUCACUCAUACACCUACGUGGACCAAUGCAGCUGCGUGGGUGCUGAGUGCAUUCCCCAAGACACUGUCAACCAACAACAGCAAACAGGCAAUAUAUGAGGCAAAGACCUCUCAAGAAAAAGGGAAUGUCUAAAAUUAGAACUAAAGAGAAGCCAAACAAGAGUUGAACAUAGACUAAAACAAACCUUUGGGGAAAAAAAAAAAAAAGUAACAAAAGCAGCUAAAAUUUUGGACAAACAGGUAAUAUUUUCUGCAUAAAAGCUCAAUAUAUCUGUCUAAAUUAUUUCAGUUUUCAUCACCAUUGUAUCUCAUACUGGUUUUCAUUUCUUUUCUUUUACAUCUUGAGAGGUACAGUAUAAGAUAAUUUUGACAUUUGUUGCUAAAGUGUAUGUCUUCUGGAAAGCACUACACCGUAAAACUGAGAGCUUACAUUUACACAAAGUCAACACUCUCUUCUGGCUUGAUGCUUUCCUAUGGUGACAUAAUUAACAUAAACUUUGUAGGCAUAAAAUAAACUUUACUGCAUAGGAAAAAAGUUUUGCUGGUCAUUGCAUUCUGCAACCGCUUGACAAUAUCUAAGAUUUCCAUUGAUGUAGACUGACUUAUUUUGUAACAUCUUCAUUCCAGUUUACUGAGACAGAUAAAAAAAAAAAAAAAAA